AUGGAGGGAUACAGUGCAUGCGGGUUACUGUCUAAAUCAAUGAAAACUCUUGAGAAGGUCGAAGAGGAGCAUCCAGAGUUUCCUGUUAGUGGGCUUAAAGAGCAACUAAUUUCUGGUAUGAUAGAAAAUGGAUUUGGCAAGGAGGCUGACCAACUAUUCAAACUAUACAACAAGGAGAAUUUAUUAGCCGAGGCUGAACGAAAGAAUGGUGAUGGAGCCGAUGCUGAAAAAGGUGCACAGAUUAAAGCAGAUGCAACAGAGACAUUUAAACCAUCAAUUGUUUUAUACAAUAAGCUUCUUCAUUAUUUCCUUAAAAACGACAGGUUUGAUAGUGCGACCGAAAUUCUAAAUGACAUGAUUGAAGCAGGAAAGAAAGAUAAGAGCUUGGCACCAGAUAUUGCUACAUGGACAACCGUGGUGGAUAUGUUAAUGAAACAAGCAAAGAAAAUUGGAGCUUCGGAGGAAUUUAUAACGAAUGAACUAAGCAAGAUCUUACAAGCGAUGAGGGACAAUAACAUUCGCUUGAAUGAACAGGCAAUGACUAUGAUCGUUACAAAUUUGAGUAGAAAUCCUAGAACUGCAGAACUUGGUUGGCAAUUUUUCCUUACCAUGAAGAAAGCAAGUAAGAGACUUUCAACUGUUACGUACACGUCCGUUAUCUACAGUGAAUGCUUAGGCAACAGAAUGGAUCGUGCUUUGGAGUUGUUUACUGAGGGAUUGGAAGAGGGAAUAAAGCUUCGCCCUCAGUACUAUAACUUAAUUUUUAAGGGCUUUUCGGAUCACCCAAACGUGGAAUCUACCAUGAAGUUCUAUAAAUUCAUUAACAUGAAGACCAAAGGAAAGCCGGAUGAAGUUCCAAACUUCUUUACCUUUUACUAUCUACUCCGGGGAGCGAUGUUUUCUGGAGAUAAGAAGUUUGUUCAAUUUGUUGUGGACGAGAUGGACAAGAGCGAAUUGAAACAUUAUGGAAAAAUGAUCCCAGGUCUUCUUGAAGAGGUCGAAGGCACUGGUAUGGUGACUGUUCCGGAAAGUCUUAAGAAACGUGUUGAAGAAGAUGUUAAUUUUGAGAAGAACAGAAAGCAACAGCCUAAAGAGAAGGCCAGAUACGAGUAA